CAGUGCCGGUGGUGUAUAGCUUUUGCCUUUACUUAGGCGGCGACAAAGCGAUCUCAUAGUCUCGCGGACCUCAGGCUGGGUCUAUUCAUGCGCCCCUCAGGCUGUCUCGCAUCCCCUACUCCCCCGAUACUCUUCCGAACGUUCAUUUCCGCACGGCUGUCCCACUGAGGUUGGAACAACCCCGCUGGCUAUAACGCCGCCCUCAUUCCUCCCAGGUGAAUUCAGGAAUCGGCCUGACAGCGCUUCUUGACUAUGGCUGAGCAGCAGUCCAGCGAACGUCAUAUAAAAUCCCACAAAAGAAACACCGCUCACAGACGGCGUCGCGACGAUGAAGACUUCGAGGACCGAUGGGGAGACGAAGAGAUAUCUGACCAUGACGAGCAAGGCAACGGCCCGGAGUUCGAGGAGUCCUCCUCCAAACGUGUCAAACUGUCCGACGGUUCGUCGUCGCACCGUGUGAAAAGUCCCUCGCCCCCAGAAUCGGCAGAAGAAAAGGCACGACGAGAAAGGGAAGCGGAUGCACGGGAACGGGAUGAGUUCGCCAAGCGGCUGGCAAAGAGAGAUGAAGAACGAGCAAAGAAGAUAGUGGAAGACAGAACAAGCAAAGGCAGUGCGACGGCGCAAAGGCGGGCAUUGGCAGAAGACGCCGCGGCCAGGGAGGCAGCCAUGCCCGACUUGCGGCUCCGGUCAAGACAAGAUUACUUGAAGAAGAGAGAAGCGGAGAGACUCGCUCUUUUGCGGAAGCAGGUCGCCGAAGAGCAAGCGGAGCUGAGAGACAAUCCCAACCUGACGAAACGGGAGAAGGAGGAAUUUGCACGCAACAAGGAGAUUCUACGUAUCGCUGAGGAGCGAUUGAGUAUCGACGAUCAUCUUGAUGGCUAUGCUCUCCCCGAAGACUAUAUCACGGAGAAAGGGAAGAUUGACAAGCGCAAGAAGGAGCAAGCUCUGUAUCAGCGUUACGUGGACAGAGAUGAAAGUGGCCGAGAGCGGUACGUCACCGAACACGAGGAAUGGGAGAAAGAGCAGACCAAGAGAGCGGAGGCCCAGAUCAAACGAGCCGAGUUUGUCGACGAAGGCGAAUAUGGCUACGUGUUUGAUGAGAGCCAGCAGAUGAAAUUCGUCAUGGCCGAGACCGUGGGCGGAGAUCUAGGCAAGGGGAUGACGAAGGAGCAGCGAGAACUAGCUCAGAGAUUAAGUGCCGCAGAGGCUAAAGCCAAGAGCAUCGAGGAGACAAGAAAAAGCCUCCCAGUCUACCAGUUCCGAGAUCAGAUCAUUGAGGCCGUCAAAAAAUAUCAAGUCCUCAUCAUCGUGGGCGAGACUGGAAGCGGGAAGACCACGCAGAUCCCCCAAUAUCUCCAUGAAGCUGGAUUCACCAAGGACGGAAAGAAGAUUGGCUGUACGCAGCCACGAAGAGUGGCGGCUAUGUCUGUCGCUGCUAGAGUUGCCGAAGAGAUGGGGAAGCGACUAGGGAACGAGGUCGGGUAUGCCAUCCGUUUUGAGGACAAUACAAGCGAUAAGACGGUGCUCAAGUACAUGACCGACGGUAUGCUGCUGAGAGAACUCCUGACUGAUCCGGAAUUAUCCCAAUACUCAGCCCUUAUGAUUGACGAAGCACAUGAACGUACUGUCAGUACAGAUAUCGCCUGUGGGUUGCUGAAAGAUAUCGCCCGAGCGAGGCCUGACUUGAAACUUCUGAUUUCCUCCGCUACGAUGGAUGCUCACAAGUUUCAAAAAUACUUUGAUGACGCACCAAUCUUUAAUAUCCCUGGUCGCAGAUACCCGGUGGAUAUUCAUUAUACAGCUCAACCAGAAGCCAAUUAUCUUGCUGCCGCCAUCACCACUGUUUUCCAAAUCCACAUCACGCAAGGCCCUGGCGACAUACUCGUCUUCCUUACCGGUCAGGAGGAGAUUGAGGCAAUGGAAGCGAAUCUGCAGGAGACGGCCCGCAAGCUCGGAAAUAAGAUCAAAGAGAUGAUCAUCUGUCCGAUUUAUGCCAACUUGCCGACGGACCUGCAAGCCAAAAUCUUUGAGCCUACCCCGCCUGGUGCCAGGAAGGUGGUGCUCGCCACCAACAUUGCCGAGACUUCUCUGACGAUUGAUGGGAUUGUAUAUGUGAUCGACCCUGGCUUCGUGAAAGAAAACCAGUACAACCCGCGCACGGGUAUGGAGUCUUUGGUGGUGGUGCCUUGCAGUCGUGCGUCUGCUGGCCAACGUGCCGGUCGAGCCGGUCGUGUCGGUCCCGGCAAAUGCUUCCGACUCUACACGGCGCAGGCAUACAAAAACGAGCUGGAAGAAAAUACGACACCAGAGAUCCAACGGACCAACCUGACUGGAGUAAUCCUUUUGCUCAAAAGCCUGGGAAUCAACGAUCUUCUCGACUUUGAUUUCAUGGAUCCUCCCCCCACGGAUACGAUCGUGCGGGCUAUUGAACAGUUGUACGCGCUGGGUGCAUUCAAUAAUGCUGGCGAGCUGACCAAGAUCGGUCGUCAAAUGGCGGAGUUUCCCACAGAUCCUAUGCUUGCACGCUCCAUUCUGGCUGCUGACAAGUAUGGCUGUGUGGACGAGAUACUCUCCAUUAUUGCAAUGUUGGGCGAAGCGUCGGCGCUAUUCUUUCGACCCAAGGACAAGAAGAUCCAUGCCGACAGUGCGAGGGCAAGGUUUACCAACAAAGACGGUGGGGACCAUUUGACGCUAUUGAAUGUCUUCCAGGAAUGGGUGGACUCGGAUUACAGCUAUGUUUGGGCCAAGGAAAAUUUCCUACAGCAAAGAAGUCUGACCAGGGCACGAGAUGUCCGGGAUCAACUGGCAAGGCUGUGUGAUCGGGUCGAGGUGGACGCCUCGAAGAGUUGUGGAGGAUCAUCCAACAUCGAACCCAUCCAGAAAGCAAUCACAGCCGGAUUCUUUCCUCAUUCAGCCAGAAUGCAGCGGGAUGGUCAGAGUUAUCGGACCGUGAAGAAUGGACAAGUCGUCUACAUUCAUCCUUCAAGUGUGCUCAUCGAGAGCCGGCCGAAGUGGCUGAUCUAUCACGAACUGGUCCUGACAAGCAAAGAAUACAUGAGGAGUUGUAUGCCGCUGAAACCGGAGUGGCUGAUAGAAGUGGCCCCUCAUUAUUACAAGAAGAAAGACCUUGACUCUUUGGGUGUGGAAAAAAAGGUUCCAAAGGGGGAGGGCAAGCCGCAGAGCAAGAUAUGAUGGACAGAACACUUUAGCUACUUAUCAAGCCAGUGACAUGAAUAUACCCUGUGACUGUACACUCCC